GCUACUAAAAUCAUUUUAUAUUCUUUAUUUUUUAAUUCAUUAUUCUUCGAUUUCAUAUUAAACUAUUCGCUGUUUAAUUCAAAAAUAAUAAUAUAGAAGAUCUUUGUGGAAUAAAUUAUUAUAUGAAUAUGAUAAUAAUCAAAGUGUGGAGCGCUACUUUAAAUGGAACUCUUUGAAAAUGGAGAUGUAGCUUUAUAGAAAAAUUCUUGUUUUUAAUUUGAAAAAAAAACACUUUAUAUCUAUAAUAAUAAAAUAAAUACGAUGAGUCUCAUCAAAUUCAAUUGAUGAAGACAAUUUUGGUGCUAAAUAAACAAAUUUUUUUUUAUUAUUUAUUUUGUUGUUUUUAUAUUCUCUUUUUGAAACUGUCCCUAUUAUUAUAAUUAUUCAAAAGCAUUGAAGUUAUUUAUCAUUUUUUUAGAAAAUUUACUAUAUAAAAGUUAAGUAUUAAACAAUUCAUUCAGUUUUAUAAUAGUUGUAAAAUUUUCAUUGAUUUUCUCUUUUUAAGAUAGCUGUCAACUAUUUGUCAUUGUAGAAAUCUUGAUUGACGUUUUCUUUCUAUUACAACUAAAUUUUAUUUCAUAAUAAAAAAUUAUCAUUAUUAAAAAAUAUUGAUCUUUAUUAGAAAUAACAUUCAUAGACGAAUUAUAAAAUAUCAAUAAAAGUAGUAUUAUAUUUUGUUUAUUUGUAGUCAAUCUAUAAAAAAAUUAAUAAGUCAUCCACUCAGAAAUAGUCUUUAUUUCAUUUCUAAACAGAUAAUUCCAGAAAUAAUUAGAAAAACUUUUCAAAAAAUUCUUUCAUAGAUUUAUUUAUAUUAGAGAGUAAAUAAUACAUAUCUUAUUACAUUGCUAGUAUAAGAUUCCCUAUUUCAAAAUACGUACACAAUGUAUUUCAAGUUUGUAUUUUAAUUUUAGAUAGACAACGACGUAAAUUAUCACUGAUUUUAUUUUAAUAUUUUUCCUUUUUUCUAAUGUCAUUUCAAGGUAAAACGAAGAGACUCGUAAUUCAUGUCAUAUUCAACAUAUCUGAAUUGCAAUAGGUCGCUUAUCACUGUUAAUAAUAAAUUGAAAAAAAAGUCAGAUAAUAUAUACUACAUUAGUAUCUUCAGUUGUAACAAUAAAAUACAUUGAACAUAAACUCAUGUACAUAUAACAAAUACGUUGAGAUACGAAAUAUUCUUUUUUCUUUUCUUCUUUUCUCUUCCAAACUUAAAAAUAUUGCAUCGAAAUGGUGAUGUAUAUGCGUAAUAUAUACUUUUACUAAAUGCAUGACUGCAUUGUUUUAUAUGUAUAUGUAUAUUAGUUGUAUGCAUCUUAUGGCAUAAACAAACAUAAUCGUUAUACUUUAUUCUCAUUUUAAUUUUCAAGUAAUGUGUUAGAUCAUCAUAAAUUUAUCACAAUAAUUAUCACCUUCUUUAUAUUCAACGUUAUUCUCUAAUGUGAAUUUAUAAUAUAUUAUCUAUUACAUUAGAAUUUACUUUUACUAAGACAUUUAAUUAGGAAAUAUUAUUAAUGAAUUAUCAACUAUGAAAUUAAGUACUACUAUUAAGCCAUUUUAUAUGUAGUCGAAUCUUUAAUAAAAUAUUAUUAAUUUUCAUCAAAAUUUGUUUCAACAAUAAAUUAAUUGAUAAGCAUUUAAAAUAGAACCUUGAUAUAAUCUCUUUAUAGACUUUUUCAACAAAAUUUCGUUUUGUUUUUCAAAAAUAUUAAUUCUUUCAUUCAUAAUUUGACCAGAUCGAAUAUUAAAUUUCUAUUUUAAUGAUAAGUUUUUAAUUGAUCAACAUCUUUACAUAAUCAAUCAUUAAGUUUAAAUAGAAAUCAAAUUCAUAUAUACUAACUCAUAUAUUGUAAUUUUUAAUUUUUCUUAAAUUACUUUUCACAGUUUGAAGUUUUAUUAUGACAAAAAAGAAUUUUUUCUUUAUACGAAGUAGGCAUCGUUUGAUAAAAAGAAUAGUAAAUUGUCAAUUGAAGGAAAAUAAUCCUCAGAAUAACUAUUUUAACAAUAUUUGAUCAUCCUAGACAUGAUCAACAUCUUUUUAAAUACCUACAAAAAUAUAAGACUUAAUUCAUUUUUAUUUCAGGUUGAUAAUUAUAUUUUUUGUAAAAAUUUAAACACGGCAUUUCUUCGACGUUUCCGCAAAAUCAUGUAUGGAAUUUACUUUAGGAUGCGACAUAUAGAUUGGCGAAGUUUGUACGUAUUUUAGAGAUUUAGUUCAAUAUUUCGAUAUCAUCGUCAUCGUAUUUUUAUAGUAGAACUAAAUGAAUAUAUCUAGAAUAAAGAUAAUUGUCAUAAAGGUAUUAUCAGACUUGAAAAUUAUUUUAUGUUACAAAAAGUUAAAAUAACAUGAGAAAUCUUUUUAAAAUAAUCUUAAAAAUCAAAAAUUGAUUCCUUUUAUUUUUAUUUUAUCUAUUUUUUUAGUCUAGUCUUCCUAGUGGUGUCUCACCAAUAUGUUUUGCUGCAACUUGUGCAAAUUUAAUAUUCGCAUUUCAUCAUCAUAACAAUAAAACUAAUUAUUCAUUCAAAACAUUUCUUUGGAUAUGGCUUAUUGUUAUUCCUGAUCUUAUUUUGUUCUACUUAUUUUGUGUUUUAUUAUUUUAUGUUGGAUGGAAACAUCCUCAACAUAGUUUAUAUGGUAUUCUAGUCGGUUUAGUCUAUGCUAUAUUUAUUAUUCUUAUUUCAUCAUGUAAUAUUAUUAUGUUGACAAUAACAGCAUUAUUUACAGCAGCAGUUCGUGGUGAUUUUUAUCAUCAACGAGAAUUAAUUCAAAAGCUUAAAUAUGAUUUUCAAUAUGAUGGAUUUGACAUUAUUGAUCAUUCGAGAUAUGUUCCUGAUCUUGGUAUAUUUGAUCCUGCUGAUCUAAAUAUUUUACCAUUAUUAUGGAAAUGGCUUGAUAAAACUUUAGCAGAAGAACAAAUUCAUCAGUUAAUGAUGAGUUUAUUCAUCACUGGAACACAUGUACCUUUUCUAUUUCCAGAUGAUCAAUCAUAUACUGAUUAUCAAUAUUAUACAAAUGAUCCAUGUAUAAGUGCUUAUCUAAAUACAUUAAGAACAACUGAUGAAUUAUUUGGAAAAAUUAUUCGUGGUUUUAAAUCACGAAAAUUAUAUGAUGAAACACCUUUUAUUACUGUGAGUGAUUAUGCUGAUGUAUUUAAUGAUCAUGAUAGUCAAACAGUUGGUUUAUUAUCAAGUUUUCCUUUAGAAUCAGCAUUUUCAGUUCCAUUACUGCUUCAUAAUCAAUAUCUUCAAGCUAAACAACUUCAUGAAAAUCGACAAUUAAAAACAACUUUAUCUUUAUCUGAACGAACAUCAAUUCUUCGAAGACCAAAUCAACAAGAAUCUAUUCAAUAUAUAUUUAAUUUAGCAAAUUUUGGCAAUUCAUUUAUAAUACAUUUAUAUCAUCUUGAACAUGAUCCAUUUGAAUCUAUUGAUUUAAUUAAUCUUGAUAAUCAACCAGCAAAUACUCAUCCAUUAUGGAUUGAUAUAGAAUAUCACAAGUGA